AUGUGGAUCAUCGACAACAUUGGAUUUCGCAAGAAGGUUGGUUAUGAUCAAUGGACGAUUGUGGAGAACAUCGUCAUUACCCUUGACAAGUUAAUCGCCGCCAAUAUCUACAAUCCACAACCUGAACUAGCCCUGUCGAGGGAAAGAAGAGAUCUCAAUGAAAUGAUUCAGGAAGACGGCCUGUCCACUGUUUGCUCCAGAGUAAUCGAGCCAACAAAGGCUGAUAUUAGUUCGCUCUGCUUUUAUUGCCUCAAGCACAUCGAAUACGCCAUGGAGGUAACUGUCCCGAGCCACGAAGAAUGCUUGGAAAUGGAACGAGAAGAAGAGUAUCAUUCAACAAUGUCCAUCCACAAAAACAUGGUCAACAACGCACCCAUCCCAAGGUUUGUGCGAGAUUCGGAACCAAUACAGAACCAAGUAACAGCUAUUGUGGGGGAUGGAGCUCCUGUUUACCUCGCGGGAAGAAUGGACACAGAAGGAGAUGACAGUGAACGACUGGCCGAGUGGUUCUUUGGUGGGCUCCACUACCUAAUCGAAUCUCUCAACGUCUUUGGCGGUCUCUUUCUCGAAACCAGGGGACAUCUAGUGUGGAAGUACCGAGACACCCCCGGCCGAUUUAACUGGGUUAUGCAUCCUCGCAGCCCUGAUGAUCCAAUGAAUGAGAUUCUGCCUUAUAUCAUUGCUUUGAACAGAGCCGCGGCAGACUGCUGCGCAGAUGCUCUGCAACGAGAAGUCACACCGGCAGAAGUUCUGCAGCAUCAAGUGGAUUGUGCUCUGGCAAACCCAAAUGCACUUCUCGCGUUGAUGGAGUUGCGAUACGCAACUUUGUUGCUCAUGCUGAGAGACUCUGAGAAGGUUGGUCAGCAUGGAGAUGUGAAUCUCUUUAUUGCCUGCAUUCGGCUCUCUUUACCAUUCUGUGCUGUCACCAAUGCCUACAAGUACGUGAGCAUUGGAUGUGAGUUUCUUGCCUGGUGGGAAACAGCAUCAGCUGCAGACAAGAAGCUCUUUGAAACGUUCAUUUACACGAGGCACAGUGAAAGUGGGCUGCCCAUUUGGUCGGAUAGAUGCAUUGAGUGGACCAUGGGGCAGAUUCGGGAGUACAUGGGAAAGCUGCAACGCCCCGGGCAUGAUUCAAGGAUGAACAAGACAGUUGCAGAGUUGCCGUGGCGAGAAGGCGACAAGACACCUGAGACAUGGAUGAAGCUGUUCUCACGAAGUGAUCUUGUCGAUCCCGACAUGAACCGCAAAGCCAGAAACUGUAAUGAGUCGACGCUUCAUGGUUUUGGAGUAACAACAAUCUAUGCCUUGACCUAUAAUCAUGCGAGACAACAAGGCUAUUGGCAGCUGCCAGAGUCCACCGAAGUCAUGAGUGAGCUCUUGAAUCCAAAGGGCGAGGCAAUGGACACCACAAUCCUCAAAGCAUUUCCAUUGGGACUGCGACGGCUCAAGCAUUUCUUCAGAAGCAAGUAUACUGAUGACGGCUCGGAUUCAGAUGACGGCUCGGAUUCAGAUGACGACAGCAUCUUAGAAGGGGAGUCAUUGGAGAUUGGCCGGAUUCCUUGCAGUGUCACGAAAGUGUCUUCAGAGCGGGAAAACAAGGUGAUACAAAUGACUUCAACUUCUCUGGCCGAACUUUCAAAACUUCCUGCAAGGCUUUUUACAAAAAAUGACAUCAUGAAGGAAGCUUGUGAACUACAGGGCUACUUCAACACAUUCAAUCUACCGGGAAAAGGAGACACGAAGAACGCGUGGUUGCGAGCACUGUGCCAACUACGGGAGGAAUACUUCUCUGCAUUUCCAGAGUUUGUUGAAGACAUCAAGCGCAUGAUAUCGGACGAGUCGUCUUCUGCCACUGCCUCCACAAGACGCGAAAGGAAGCAGGUGCUUGACUCACAGUUUUUUGCUGUCCACCAACAAGUGGCUGUUUCUUUUGACUAUGUUGUUAAGAGGAACUCAAAGCCUUGCUUCGGAAUCGAACGAUGA